AUGGAGAGCCUGUCCAAUGACCAGGCGCAAGCAUUGUGGGAGGUAGGAGGGUUUGUCAUCAUCACCGACUUGCCAGAAGGCAGUGAGUUCGGUAUCGACGGGACGUACCAUACCACCAGAAAAUUCUCUGGGAUCAAAUUUGUCCCGCCAGGCAUUCAUAUGAUCGCCUGGUGUCCACCGCCAUCGACCGCCCCAUCCUCCGGGCCAUCCGCUAUACCCAUUCGCCAAGCUAUCAUCAAAUAUUUCAAACCGAAAGAGCGAUAUGUGCUCAAAUACGACAAGGGAACGGAGAGUGUAAUCCUUCCUGAAGGAGAGGUUCUGAUGAGCGACGACAAUCUCAAGAAUCUCGAUGCUGAGCUCGCGCCGUACCCUUUUGAUGAGAUCACAGGAUGGAAGGCUCUCACUUCCGAGAUCGCUCCCUCUGUCGUGUCCGCUGUGGUACCGGCUGGAAUCAUAGAUGGCCUCACUCCAGUGAUGGAUCAGGACGACGAGACAUUAUCGAAAGAGAUGAAAGACAAGCUGGAGGAAAUGAAGAUGAGGUCGCAUAUGGAGGAAGGCGAGAUGGAAGGGGCUAGUUUGGCAUUCGCCCGAUUCAAUCUGAAGAGGAGCUGGAGAGAAGGGGCAGUGGGGGAAGAGGUAACGAGGUACUCUAGGGACAAGAGUUGGCUGUUUGGAAACGUCCUGGAAGAGCAAUUGAAACGAGACCCAAAGCUCUUGCUUGGGCAUCUGCAGCUGUCUUUCAUUUUACUCCUCCAUCUUUCGUCGUUUGCAUGUCUGCAAGCCUAUAGAAGUAUCAUUGCCCUCUUCACGGCAUCACCAUCCCUUCUUCAAACACCAUCUAAAUACCUCUCGCCCCCAAAAUCAGAUCCCAAUGCCCAUGUGGGCACAGGCAUCAAACAAGCAUUCCAAACGCUCGUUGACACCUUGGUGUCGCAGCUGGGCGCAUUGCCAGAACAGGUUUUCGAAAGUGAACUGCCUGAAAUGGACGUUUUCUUCCUUGACCAAAUUGAAGCCCUUCGUCAAAACCUCGGCGCUGCUUUAUGGGCCACCUCUCCAUCUGGGCUUCAAGUCGGUGUCGAGGAGGGUGCACAAUGGUCAGAAGAGGAGAGGCAGGAUAUGAAUGCGAGAUGGAAUAGGCUGCGCGAUGUGGCAUGGAGAAGAUGGAGAUGGGAUGUGGACGAGCUGGGUCAUCGGGUUGAAGAGGAGGACGAAGACGAGGACGGCGAGUAUGCGCCAAUGGUGGUAGAAAUGUAA